AUGCAAUCGGACCGAUUCUUAGUACACUACGAUCCAACACUACCGCUAAUCUUGGCUACAGAUGCUUCACCAUAUGGAGUAGGAGCGGUCCUCAGUCACAUAUUUCCGGAUGGAACUGAGAGACCAUUACAGUACGCGUCUCAAACAUUGAAUAGAACCCAGCAGCGGUAUUCCCAGGUUGAUAAAGAGGCGUAUGCGAUCAUUUUCGGCAUUCGUAAAUUUCACCAGUAUCUGUAUGGUCGUAAAUUCACCUUAGAAACUGACAACAAACCUGUGAGUCAGAUUUUGUCCGAGACUAAAGGUCAACCAACGUUAUCUGCUAUGCGCAUGCAACAUUAUGCUGCAUUUCUACAAUCGUUCGAGUACCGAAUCCGUUUUCGUCGCUCGUCGAAUCACUCCAAUGCGGAUGCUAUGUCCCGUCUCCCACUUGCGAUCACUGACCCCGAGUCCGAAAUCGAAGAAACUGAUGUUGUUGAAGUAAAUUCAAUUCAAACGUUACCUUUAACUGUGGACGAAUUGGGCUCUGCUACGCUAGCUGAUCAGAACGUUAAGGAAUUGGUAUGCGGGUUACGUUGCGGCAGAAUAGUUGAAGCUAAAUUUCGUUUUAGUGUUCGACAAGAAGAGUUCAGCCUUCAGAAAGAUUGUAUAAUGAGAGGCUUACGUGUUUAUAUACCACCAUCUUUGCGUAAGAAAGUACUGGAUGAGCUUCAUUCUACUCACUUCGGCGUUUCGAGAAUCAAGUCGUUGGCAAGAGCAUAUUGCUGGUGGCAAGGAAUUGAUGGUGAUAUCGAGAGACAAGUUCAAAAUUGUGCGUCGUGUCAGGUUACAAGAUCAAAUCCUUCGAGUGUUUCGUUUCAUUGUUGGGAAACUCCCUCGGAACCAUUUCAACGUGUUCAUGCAGACUAUGCCGGUCCAUUCAUGGGACUGUAUUUCUUAAUACUAGUUGAUGCUUAUUCUAAAUGGCCUGUCGUUAGAAUUGUGAGUAACAUGACUACCGAAACUACUAUCCAUGAGUGUAGGGAAUUUUUCAGUGCAUAUGGCAUUCCAUCGGUUUUCGUGAGUGAUAAUGGCCGUCAGUUCACUUCAACUGAAUUUGCUAGAUUCAUGAAGAUGAAUGGAAUCGUUCAAAAGUUCAGUGCGCCAUACCAUCCAGCCACAAAUGGGCAAGCAGAAAGGUUCAUUCAAACCAUGAAAACCAAGCUAAAGGCUAUGCAAUGUGAUCGUUCUGAGGUCCACAGUGAAUUAUGUUCCAUCUUACUUUCGUAUCGUAAAAUGAUUCACCCUGCAACUGGACGAUCGCCAUCGAUGUUAGUUUUUGGUCGUCAAAUGCGCUCUCGUCUGGACCUUAUGGUACCCUCUAACGAUUCAAAGGGAAGUGAAAUCGAACAAAAAACACGUGAGUUGAAUGUUGGGUCUAGAGUGGCUGCGCGAGAAUACGUCCACGAGAACAAAUGGGAAUUUGGAACAAUUAAACUACGUUUUGGAAAACUACACUAUCUAAUUUCACUUGACGAUGGAAGAGAAUGGAAAAGACAUAUCGAUCAAAUCCGUUUGGUUGGUACGGAGCUACGACGUUCACCAAGGGACGACCAAAUCUCUAGAGGGGAAAGACAUGUGUUCGAUGAGAAUGUCGCUGAUCAUGAAGCGGAGGCUGCCCAUACGGAUCGAACAGUAACUCCAGAUUCGAUUAAGAGCUCAACAACUACGCUCAGUUUCGGUUUGUCCACUUCAGAAACCUCUUCGGAUGCAGAACUACCAACUCCGAGAAAGCAUACGGAUUCUCAGCAACCUUCGUGUCCGGUGGAGUUUGAACUACGACGUUCUAACAGAACUAUCAAGCCACCCGUAAAGCUGAACCUCCUUCGGUCCUGCGAGUCAUCCCUGCAACAGUCAGCUACAAUACGAUUGGAUACUAUUUUUGCUCGAUUUGGUUUACCAAUAUCCAUCACUGCCGAUAACGGACCGCAGUUUUCCAGCGAUGAGUUCAAGACAUUCUGCGAAACUAAUAACAUCAAGCUAAUCAAAACUACACCAUAUUGGCCACAACAAAAUGGUGAAGUUGAGCGACAAAAUCGAUCAAUUUUGAAAAGGCUGAGUAUUAGUCAGGCGUGUGGCACAGACUGGGUGAGCGAAUUAAACAAAUACUUACUAAUGUACCGGUCAACUCCACAUUCGACGACUGGGAGAACACCGUCAGAAAUGCUUCUCGGAUAUAACAUCCGUGAUCGGGUCCCAACCAUAAGACAACCGAAAGAUGUUGACGAAGAAAUGGUGGAUCGAGAAAAGGAAAUGAAGGAGAAGGGAAAAUUAUAUGCGGACAAACGACGUAAUGCCAAACCAAACCCCAUAGCCGAAGGAGACCAGGUUUUGUUGAAAAAAUGA